CUCUAGCUAUCAACUCUGCCUCCUUCCUUAGCAUUCGCUUCUUAAUUCAAAUGUUCUGCAGACGCUGGAGGCCGAUAAGCACCGCAAUAUGCCAUCAGGCGCGCGCCUUCACGAUCGCAAUCGACGGGCCGGCGGCGUCUGGCAAAAGCAGCACAGCCCGUGCCGUGGCCCUCGAGCUCGGCCUAGGCUACAUUGACUCUGGAUCGAUCUACCGGUGUGCAACACUCCUUGCGCUGCGCAACAAGAUCAGCGACAUCGAUGCUCGGCAUGCAGACCUCAUAGGCCUAAUUAGCCACAGCAAAUUCGACAUCAGGAUCCUCCGCAACGUCUGGCUCAACAACGAGGAUGUGUCGAAGGAGAUCCGAUGCGCCGACGUCAACCGAUUCGUCGCCGAGAUUGCCCGCGAUGCCGGCGUGCGCGCCGAAGUAUUAAAGAUCCAGCGCAGCGUUGCUGCCAAUGCUGAGAAGAAAUCGGCUGCUGCCGCAGAUGGUACCACACCCAAUGGCGUCGUCAUGGAUGGCCGCGAUAUCGGGUCAGCUGUCUUCCCUAAUGCGGAGCUCAAGGUCUACCUAGAUGCCUCAGCUAUGGCACGUGCCAUCCGCCGCUGGGACCAAAUGAACAGCGCACGCAACGCACAGGGCAAACGGUCCGAGGAGGAUGGAGCACAGACAGAAAAGCCAGCGUAUCCAACAGUUGAGGAAAUCGCCCGCGAAAUCGAGGAGCGCGAUUAUGCUGAUAUCAACCGUGCUCACUCGCCAUUGCGCAUUGCUCCUGAUGCUGUCGUCAUAGACAAUACAAACCUGACCUUUGAGCAGCAGGUCCACACCAUAUCGGACCUGGCUCGCGAGCGCAUGGGCAUUCCACGCAAACACGAAGACUCCAUCUGA